UCGAUAUUCAACUUUAACCCCAUUUUCCUCCUACACCCCUUGAGUCUUGAUGACCAUUCCACCUGUUUAAAUCAGCCUGUUUUCAACUUUAAUUCCACGACCUUGCUCUUAUUCCAACAACCUAUUAUUCUCAAAAUGCAGUUUUCCCUCGCCCUUUACAUUAUCCUGCCCACUCUAGUAGCUGCAGUUGACCCACCUGCAACUGCAGGUGGUUCACUCCAGAUCCUCCCAACCUCCAAUGUCCUAUGCCCAAUUGGCAUUAAAUGUGCAGCGAGUAGCGACGGAACACACCGCUGUCUCGGCUUAAAUGGUCGAGCAAUCUGCGCCACAACAUGCCCGACCACCUCGGACUGCCCAGCCCGCUGCAAAAAACAGACAUUGGUCAACGGCUUUUGCACUAACGGAGCUAACCCUUGCAUUUGCACCAACACCGACGCGAUUAUUCGCCAGCCUUAGAAGAGUGCGGGCAAUUUUGAUAUAAAAUGGGAAUUGAGGGAUAUAAGAAGGCUACUAAAAAGUUGCAGCCGGUCUGGGCUUGUCAGGGCGUUCGUAAUAUGGUAUCGAUUCAAUGGCCAACCCUCAAAAUUCUCGUUCAGUCCGCUCAGAAAUGUAUGGGCGUCCUUGCCAAGCAGCCAUUUCUGGUAGUCAGUAGUAUUUGGGGGGGCUACCCAGUGGUAGUACAGACGGGGACGUUGAAAUACCUGAACAUUUACGCAAACUGGUGCUGCCCUGUGCUCGUAAGGCCGACCCAAAGCCUCAAAGGAAACUGAUCCCACCACAUCUACCGGCUAUUUACCCAUUUGUAUACCGUUUGUCCAAAUUUACCUUUUCACGCCCAAACGUACUCGUUACAGACGCGGA